AUGGCCCGUGGCCUCGAAGAAGACGUCGCAGAGAAAACCGGCCUGCCCAUCGAUGCAUACUUCCCUGCAACCAAGAUUCGCUGGAUACUCGACCACAUCCCCGACGGGCAGCAGCGCGCCGAAAACGGCGAACUCGCAUUCGGCACUGUCGAUACUUGGCUCCUCUGGAAUCUCACCAACGGCACGCUUCACGCCACUGACGUAACAAACGCGUCCCGCUCCAUGCUCUACAACAUAGACACCCUCGAAUGGGACCCGGACCUGCUUGAAGCACUUGACAUCCCCUCGCAAUGCUCCCUUCGGUUAAGCCAUCGAGCGGCAUAUUCGGAUACACAGGCGGCGAUCCCCAUCGCAGGCGUCGCCGGAGACCAGCACGCAGCGCUCUUCGGGCAAGCGUGCUUCGAACCGGGAAUGGCGAAGAACACCUACGGCACAGGCUCGUUCAUCCUCAUGAACACAGGGACAAAGCGAGUGCGUUCCAAUCACGGGUUGCUCUCUAUCAUCGCCUGGGACUUGGGAGACGCCAUAACUUACGGCUUAGAGGGCAGCAUCUUCUCCACGGGCGCAACCGUGCAGUGGCUGCGCGACGGCUUGCAAUUCAUUGAAGCCUCAGCGGAUGUCGAAGCGUUAGCCGCUUCGGUCGAGGACAACGGAGGUGUCUAUCUCGUACCCGCCUUCACAGGACUUGGCGCCCCCCACUGGGACAUGUAUGCUCGUGGCACGAUUGUCGGCAUUACACGCGGCACGAGCCGCGGCCACAUCGCCCGCGCCGCCCUCGAAUCCACCGCGUACCAGACCAGAGACGCCGUGGACGCGAUGAGGAACGACACGGGCUUGGACAUUCCGCUGUUGCGUGUUGACGGCGGCGGCACGGCAAAUGACCUGCUGAUGCAGUUUCAGUCCGACAUCCUUGGCAUUCCAAUCGAGCGGCACGCCGUCGCCGAGACCACCGCUCUGGGCGCGGCAUACCUCGCAGGUCUCGCAACCGGCUUCUGGCAGGGCACGGACGAAAUCGCAGCAAAUUGGGCCACUGACAAGCGUUUCGACCCGUCAAUGGACCCGGACAAGCGCGCCAGCCUCCACAAAAACUGGCUUCGCGCCAUUGACCGUUCCAAAAACUGGCAAGAAUCCUGA